AUGUCUUCCGACUGGGACCCGCUAGCCUUCAACCCGCCUUCUCAUUCGGAGGAACUCAAAGUGUCUUUCCCUCAAGAACAUGUCAUGCUUAUGACACUCAACCGUCCGAGGCACCUCAACGCCAUGACACCUCUACUUACCGCCAGCAUAGCUACCAUUUUAAAUUGGUUUGAUGAGGAACCCUCUCUGUGGGUGGUAAUCGUAACGGGCGAAGGCCGUGCUUUCUGUGCAGGAGCCGACUUGAAGGCCUGGCUUCACAAUCAGUCAAGUGGCACGGCAAAUGAACAAGAAAGUGUGGCUUCUUCCGUGCACGGAUUUGCAUCUAUCUCGCGUCGGCAUACUUCGUGCAAGCCUAUGAUCGCCGCAGUGAACGGGUCGGCUUACGGUGGCGGUGUCGAAAUGAUAUUAAACUGCGAUAUGGUCAUCGCAAGCGAAGACGCCGUGUUCGCACUUCCCGAAGUCAAGCGUGGUGUACUAGCGUCACAAGGAGUUAUUCCCAGGUUAGGGAGAGUUGCGGGACAUCAGCUUGCUUCUGAGAUGCUGCUCUUGGGAAAUACCAUCACUGCCAUUCAAGCUAGAGACAGAUUUCGUUUUGUCAACCUCGUCGUCGAAAAGUCGGCUGUCGUACCUACUGCUCUGGACAUCGCGCGACAGAUCAUCAUGAACUCUCCUGACUCCGUACAGAGUUCAAAGGAAGGUCUUGUGCUUUCGCAGAAACACCAUUUCGAACAAGCUGUGCAAACUCACUCGAUGAGUCUCGUGAGUAAACGCCUGUACCACGGCGCGAAUAUCAGGGAGGGCCUGGCGGCUUUCUCGGAGAGACGCAAACCUAGGUGGUCGAAUCCCGCGAAACUAUGA